AUGCACUUUGAUGAUCAAAAUGAAAGCGGUGCUAUGUAUGACUUUUAUAAAGCAUUGGAGGGUAAUAAUAGCGAUGAAUUCAUCGGAAAAAAAUGUGCUGCUAUAAUCAACACAGUUAUAGGGUUGAAUAUAUUCAUAUACAAUCCAGAACACGGAAUAUAUAAGCAGUUCGACAAGAAUGAAGCACCUGAGAAUGUUCUUCGAGAGGAUCAAAGCAUUGAUCUAAGCCCUAGAACAUGCACGAUAAAGAUUGAUGAUGCAAAGUUCUCGAACAUAGAAAACCUACGUUGGUUUACUUUAGGUAACCUAGGUAGGGAACUUCUCUUUUACAGGUCUAUUUUAUAUAGAAUAGAUGAUAUGGAUAUUUUCAAAAAAUAUGCAACAGACAAAACAUACUACACUCUAGAUGAGCUGUACACUAAGAGAUACGAAGGAACUGACAUACCAUUGAUAGACUAUGGACUAAACCUUAUUUUUGAACAAUGCUAUAGUGUCUUAAUUGAGAAAGCUAAAGAAGCAAAAGCCAGCUCUGACAAUAGUGCACAUAACAAAAUUGAAAAAGAAAUUAAAAAAAUAUUUACUAAACAAGAAGACUUGAAUAUAGCUGUUUCUAUCUACGAUAAUAUCGGGCCCAUUAUGAAGGAAAAAGAUAUACACAGUUGUAUGAUUAAAGUAUUAGAGUAUAUACUAAAUCUCGAGAAUUUCUUGGAAGAGAAGAAUGGGACAAAGAUAUUGAAGAUAAACGGAGAUUUGAGUAAUUUUUGUGAAGACUACAUAGUUAAAACAGAAUUAGAGAAAAUAGUAGAUGAUGAAAAACGCAGUAUAAGAAGAAAAAAGAAGGAAAACUCUGAAUCUUCUAGAAUAAAGAAUAAAGAACUUAGCGCAAAAGAAGCAGAGCUAGAAGAAUGGAAAAAAACAGCUGAUCCAAACUCACAGGACUACGAACAAAUAGAAAAAGAAAAAAUGGAAGGGAUAGAACGUGUAAGGCAUGACAUCAAUUGUCUAGCUAAUGAUCGAGAGUUACUAAAAUGGAAAGAAAAAAGAGAGACUUUUCAGGCUGGAAACAUCUCUGUGGUUAAAGGCAGUUUUAAACGCUUACUCGAAGUAAGUCCAGACCAGAAAAGUUACUUGCUCAUGAAGAUAAAAGAGCUGGUAGAAGCACGCGGCGUAAAAGUAGUAGUAGAUGGAGUAGAAGAAGCAUUGAAAGAGUUAAAAAUAUCUAAGCCGACAGAAGUAGACAAGACAGCAGAAGAGCACCAAGUAGUAGAAAUGGAGGUGGAUGGAGCACCUCAAG